UGCAUGCAACACUUCAUUAAAAUUGAUGGCAAGGUACGAACUGAUGUAACCUACCCUGCUGGAUUUAUGGAUGUCAUCAGCAUUGACAAGACUGGAGAGAAUUUCCGUCUGAUUUAUGACACCAAGGGUCGCUUUGCUGUUCAUCGUAUCACACCCGAGGAGGCCAAGUACAAGUUGUGCAAAGUGAGAAAAAUCUUUGUGGGCACAAAAGGAAUCCCUCAUCUGGUGACUCAUGAUGCUCGCACUAUCCGCUACCCUGAUCCACUCAUCAAAGUGAAUGACACCAUUCAGAUUGAUUUGGAGACUGGCAAGAUUACUGAUUUCAUCAAUUUUGACAUUGGUAACCUAUGUAUGGUGACGGGAGGUGCUAACCUGGGAAGAACUGGUGUGAUCACCAACAGAGAAAGACAUCCCGGGUCUUUUGAUGUGGUUCACGUGAAAGAUGCCAAUGGCAACCGCUUUGCCAUUCACCUCUCCAACAUUUUCAUUAUUGGCAAAGGCAACAAACCAUGGAUUUCUCUUCCUCGAGGAAAAGGUAUCCGCCUCACCAUUGCUAAAGAGAGGGAUAAGAAACUGGCAGCCAAACAGAGCAGCGGGUGAAAUGGUCUCCAUGUAACAUAAUAACAUGUUAAAAAGUUAUUUGUACUCAAUUAAAGAUAUUACAGUGUGAAAAAAAAAAAAAAACAGUAGAAGAAAACCAAGGAAUAACUAUCCUUGACAUUGGCCUAUGUAAGAAUUCAUACUAAGGCCCCCCCCAAAGCAAAUUCAGCAAAAACAAAAAUAAAUAAGUGGGACUUAAUUAAAUUAAAAGGCUUCUGCACAGUAUAAGAAACAAUCAACAUAGUAAAUCGAUAACUUACAAAAUGGGAGAAAAUAUUUGCAAGCUAUACACCUGGCAAAGGCCUAAUAUCCAGAAUCUACA